UUUGUUUUUAGUUUGUUUGGAUGAAAUUCCUUUCUUCUUUUUUUUUUUUUUAAUUUAUUAUUUUGAUGUAAGCAUCGGUUCUGCUUUGUUCGUUCCGAAGCCGAAAAGCCAUAAACAAAAAACACAACAAUCAAUGAAGGAACGAACAAACGAACGAAUGGAGUGAAUAAGCCUCAUUUUCAUUUGUAUUUAUAUUGGACUUCCCAAACGAAAUUACUACACUUUACAUUUUAUAAUUUCCGUAGAAAAUCGGUUGAUUCAAUACAUAUUUCCAAAAAGUUUGAGACACUGUGAGAAUCAAAUCAACCGAAGGAGAUUAUACCUCGUCGGAUUCCGAUACUUUGACGGCUUCGAUAUUCGGAAUCGGUAGUUCCCACAAUCCCCCAUUCCCACCCAGAAGCAAUGGCAGCCGCUUGCUCUCACUCCACUAUUCCAUCGCAUAAACACUCCCUCUCUACUCACUUCUACUCCACCAAGUCUCUUCCACGAUCGGUGAAGUUUUUUGGCGACGUUUCGGGCUUUGCUCUCCCUACUCCCUCUAGGUUUCCUCUUCGUUUUCCUUCAAUCUCUUGCCAGACCUCUGCCACUUCUCCUCCUUCCCUCGCAUCCAAAGUGAAAACAGAGAAGAAGGAUUUCCUUCACCUCAGCGAUUUUGAUAAAUCCACCCUCUUGAAGAUCUUAGACCGUGCGGUUGAAGUUAAGGCGCAACUGAAAUCUGGUGAUAGGUCAUUUCUCCCAUUUAAAGGGAAGACAAUGGCGAUGAUCUUUGCAAAACCAUCCAUGAGAACCAGAGUUUCAUUUGAGACUGGUUUCUUCUUGCUAGGGGGCCAUGCCAUAUAUUUAGGGCCCGACACCAUCCAAAUGGGUAAAAGAGAGGAAACUAGGGAUAUUGCUCGUGUUUUGUCUCGCUAUAAUGAUGUCAUAAUGGCCCGUGUUUUUGGUCACCAGGAUAUUCUUGAUUUAGCUAAAUAUUCCACCGUGCCUGUAAUAAAUGGUCUGACGGAUUACAACCAUCCAUGUCAAGUAAUGGCCGAUGCACUCACUAUGAUUGAACACAUUGGCAAGUUAGAAGGAACUAAGGUCGUGUAUGUUGGAGAUGGAAAUAACAUGGUGCAUUCAUGGUUGUUCUUGGCAUCAGUUGUACCCCUCCACUUUGUUUGUGCGUGUCCUAAAGGUUUUGAGCCAGAUAAGAAUACAGUUGAAAAGGCCCGACAAGCUGGAGUUAGCAAGAUUGAGAUUACUCAUGAUCCCAAGGAAGCAGUGAAAGGAGCUGAUGUUGUAUACUCAGAUGUCUGGGCCAGCAUGGGACAAAAAGAGGAGGCUGAUUAUCGGCGUCAAGUGUUUCAAGGCUUCCAGGUUAACGAAGAGCUGAUGAACUUAGCAGGUCCAAAGGCUUAUUUCAUGCAUUGCCUACCAGCAGAGAGAGGUGUAGAGGUAACAGAUGGAGUAAUCGAGGCUCCAAACUCCAUCGUCUUUCCUCAAGCUGAGAAUCGAAUGCAUGCACAGAAUGCUAUAAUGCUUCAUGUUCUUGGCUUAUGAUUGUGUCAGCAUCUAAUCAAUGCAAUUUUGCCCAUUCAUGUUUCAAUAAUACUAUGCCAAAGUUGGCUUCUGAUUCUCUACCCACUUUUUGCACUUGGAAUUUGUCACCACCCUCCCCUUUUGCUUUUUCUUGGUCGAAAUGUUAUGACCUAAGCACUUGGUUUCUUCA